AAAGCACGGAAUGAAUCCAACAGACUUAAUUACUUAGCACCGGCUGACUGAGCAAAGCUCUUGAGUGAUUGAAUUUGAUUCAGAGACAUGGCUUCUUCUUCUUCUUCUUCCUCUGAAGGUGGAUGGGUGAAGCUGGCCCUCCUCCUCGCCUUCUUCGGGUUGCAGGCCUUCAUCUACGCCCUCAUCGCCCAAGACAACAAGCCGCUUCUGGGAACGGGAACCAUGGCGGGGAACGGGUACGUGCUGUGCGAGUUCCCGCGGGCGAGCGUGGCCCUGGGGAGCGUCUCCAUCCUCUCCCUCCUGCUCGCCAUCAUCACCGGCCACGCCGCCGUCCUCUACAAGCCGCCGUCGCCAUUGCCGGUCCCUCGCCGAGCUCUCUUCCGUAGCACCAUCCUCCUCGUCUUCUUCCUCGUCGCAGAGACGGUGUCGGCGUCGGCGGUGGCGAUGCUGGUGGGUGCGACGAUGGCGGACCACGACAGCCUGAGGUACUACUACCAGCUGCCCAAGGACGGCGCCAUCAGCUGCCCGCCGACGGCGCCGGGCGGGCGGUUCGGCGGCGGCGCGCUGCUGGCGCUGGACGCCACGCUCAUGUGGUUCGUGUGCCAGCUGCUGGCGCUCGAGGCCAGGGCAAACUACCUCGACCGCCUCCACCAGGAUGAUGAUGAUGACGACGACCACCACCACCACGACAAGAAGAAGAAGAAGACCAAGAAAGGAGACGAUGCCCAUGCUGCUCCUCAUCAAGAAGCUUCUGCGCUUCCGUGAUCGAUCGCUAAUCACUCAAUCAAUCUGUAAAUGAAUAAGCAUUAAUCCCGGUCGAGGAAUUAAUACAUACAUACAUACAAAUUAAUCAUCAAUGUAUCCAAAGCUUGUGGUGCGAGCCAGCUGCCGUAUGAAAUUGAAGGACAUCUGUUUGACGAAA